UCGGUUCCAACACAUGUACUGGUGACCGAGGCGAAACAGAAACUGCUACUUUGCCCACUGCUGGCAACAUAACAGAGGUUAAUCUGAACAUAGAAGUGGCUCCUUUUUCUUUUGGAAUAAAUGAACAGGCCAGCAUCCAAGCUUCAGCUCUGGGCACUAAUGACAUACCAGUCGAUAGAAGUGUUACAGCUGAAGAGGUGGCCAAUCAAACCUACCAAUUAGAUAAUGAGAGUCAAAAUGAAAUAAAAAACAAUGAUGGAGAAGAUCCCUCAGAAUCCAUAAAACAGGAGGUUGUUAUUGAUAAUCUUACAUGGCAAUGCCAGGGAGUCCAGGAGUGUGUAAAUCAUGGCUAUGAGUUCCCCGUGAGAGCAGGAACCAAUCAAACGGCACAAGAACCAGAGCUGACGGCCCUAACUUCUGAAGAACAGCUACAGUCAGAUGGAGACACUAAAGCUAAAAGGACUGAAGAUGUCACCCAGAAGGAGCAAGCAGAAGAGCAAGUUAACAACUUGGCAGAGAUGGAUGGGGGAGGAAAGAGUUCAGAAAUGGAGGCGACGAUAGCCAAUAAUGUUGCUGGAGAGUUAAUGGGCCAAGAAGAGCACAGAGCAAGAAAUGAUCUAGAAAUGCAAGAAGAAAAAGCUGCUAAGCUUGAAAUACAAGCUAUAACAGUUCCUCCAGAACCAGUGGGCCAGACUGGAGAAGAGGUACAUACAGACACAAAGGACCAGGUGGAGGAAGCUUCUCUAUCUGAGAAAGGCAUCGAGGUGAAGCUCGACGGGACAGAAGGAGAGGACAAAUCUGAGAAAAAUGAAUCCACAACAGAAGGAAGUGCUUUACAAGAGCAUCCUUUGCAGCUCCUGAAAGAAGCAGCCACAAUUUGGAGAAACAACACAAAAGAACAUCCACAGACAGAGAUGCUUGUAGAAUUUGAGACUGGAGGAGGAGCAGUAGAAGAGUCAAUGGAAGGAGAAGUGGAGAUGGCAGAAGAGCCAGUCACCGUUCUUGAUGAUGAGACUGAAACGAUGGAGGAGACGCCCAGUGAAAAAUCAGAAGAAGUACAUCCUUUCACCAUUAUGAGCGGUUCUGAUGAUGCCACAGACAAGAUAAAAGAUGAAGAUCACCAAGUGCUGCCAGGAGACGAGGCCAUACUGGGUAAAGAGGACAUGGAGACACAGGACGUAAAGCUAAAGGUGCACAACAGUGAGGCAGAGGCAGAUCUAAAUGAGAGCAUUAAAACACUGAAGCAAACAAUGGAGAAUGGGUUCUUGUGUCCUGAGCCACAAGGUCUUAGGAAAGACGAACUGGGGAAAGUAAAAGUGCUGUCACCCAGGAGAAAAGAUAGAGACUGGAUUAAAACAGAUCAGCCAGAAGAAGAGAAGACUGCUGCUGAAAGGAAGGACUGGAGUAAAGAGCUGAGCCACAUCAAAAAAGAGUUCUGGGAGAAUGAGUGGGGAAGGAAAGAAUGGGUGGAUAAAGAAACGUCAGCAGAAAAGAUCAGUUCACCGAGGAAGGCGGAUUGGAUAAAUGAGCUGAAGUCAGUUAUCAAAGAUGAAUCGCUGCCCAAAAAGAAAGACGAGCAGGUGAAGAAAAAGAGAGUGGUGCUGCUGGAACAUGGUUGCUCAUAUGUCCCUCAGCGGGAGGCGAUGACUGCAGAGACGAGGGAAGAGAUCAAGGUGGCCUCCGACAGGAGAGCGGACAGUCCUGUGGUGGACAGUAAAACACUGGAGAACCAGCCCUAUGAAAUCUCCCUGUAUGUCAAGGCAGGAAGUGAUGGACAGAGCAUCGGAAACUGUCCUUUCUCUCAGAGACUCUUUAUGAUCCUGUGGCUAAAAGGAGUCAUUUUUAAUGUCACCACAGUCGACCUCAAGCGGAAGCCGGCUGACCUCCACAACCUUGCUCCAGGAACCAACCCUCCUUUUGUGACCUUUAAUGGUGAAGUCAAGGUUGAUGUCAACAAGAUAGAAGAAUUCUUGGAGGAGAAACUGACUCCACCCCGAUAUCCCAGACUGGCUCCCAAACAUCCAGAAGCUAACACAGCUGGCAUCGACAUCUUUGCCAAAUUCUCAGCGUACAUCAAAAACUCAAGAAAAGACACAACAGAUGCCUUACAGAAAGCUUUGUUGAAGUCUCUUCAGCGUCUUGAUGACUUCCUAAGGACUCCCCUGUCUGCAGAGAUUGAUGCUGAUGUCUUAGGAGAUGUGCCAGAGUCAACUAGGAGCUUCCUAGAUGGGCCAGAGCUCACCUUGGCUGACUGCAACCUGCUGCCCAAACUCCACAUUCUAAAGGUUGUAGCAAAGAAAUAUCGUGGCUUUGAGAUUCCUCGGGAGAUGACCUGCGUGUGGCGGUAUUUGAACCGUGCCUACCAGAGAGAGGAGUUCACCGGCACCUGUCCUGCUGAGAGGGAGAUUGAGUUUGCCUAUUUGCAUGUUGCAAAAUGAAUGAAACAAAAUGUAGGGCAGCGUAUAAAUCAAGGAAAUCAAGAAAUAUGUAAAGAACAUAAGGAAAACUAGUAAAGAGGAGAGCACUAACACACGGGUCUGUGUGUGUG